GCCAAUUAGAAUCUUUGAAAACUAAGACGAUGCCAAACGCAAAAGCCAAGAAAUGAGACCGGAGAAGAUGAGAACGAAGGAUUCUGUAUCCGUUCUCUUGUUUCUUUGCUUGUGCUACAAUCUGUGCCUCACCUACACCUCACAAACAGAACCAAAACACAUUUGAGAUGAAGCAUUUCGUGCUUAUUCACGGCGCUGGCCACGGAGCAUGGUGCUGGUACAAGCUAGCAACCCUACUGACCGCCGCUGGUCACAACGUCACAGCCCUAGACCUCCCUGGAUCAGGCAUAAACCUAACGGAGGUACAACAAAUCCGCUCCAUUGCAGACUAUUCCGAGCCAUUGAUCAAGCUCAUGGAGUCUCUGCCACCGCAGGAUAGGGUUAUCCUAGUAGGUCACAGCUUGGGUGGUCUUCCCCUAACUCUUGUCAUGGAGAGGUUCCCCAGUAAAAUUGCUGCUGCAGUUUUUGCCACCGCUGACAUGCCUGGUCUAAAUCUCAGUUUGGCCACUAUAUCUGAAGAGUUUGGUAAAGAUACAGAUUUUAUGGACACUCAAUAUAGAUUUGAUGAUGGAUCCGGCAGACCAGCAACCGCAGUGUUCUUCGGGCCGAAGUUUUUGGCGUCAAAAUUAUACCAACUAUCGCCGCCAGAGGUAUCAAUUAGCUAGUCCUCAUACUCAUCUUUAAUUCAUUUGUCAUUUCCGUAACUCACUUUCUAAAAAUAUCACUUUCAUCUAUAAAUUAACUUAAACCUUAUGUGAUAUUUUGGCCAUCUUCUCUAUUUUCUCGUUAAAAGAGUCAUGUGAUUUAACCUCUUAAAAGCCAUCAUCGUGUAAGUUCAUCAAUAACGCGCAUGCCAAUAACUUGACUUGGAGAAAUGAAAUCACUCAUGAUAAUGUUUAACAA